AUGAGCAGAAUCGGUGGCUUGCCUGAUGAAUUGCUGAUUAAGAUACUAUCGUAUCUUCCAACAAAAGUUGCUGUCUCAACAAGCAUCUUGUCGAAACAAUGGAAGUUGCUUUGGAUGUGGUUGCCUAAAAUCGAGUACAUUACUAUUUACUCAAAGCCUACACUUAGGGAAUUUAUUGACAAGAAUCUGCCGUUACAUAGAGCUCCGGUCAUAGAAAGCUUGCGUUUCAAGUUAAAUUGUAAUCAAACUAAACCUGAAUAUAUCAAACGGUGGAUUGAAAUUGCAGUUUCUCGUCAUGUUCGUGAGCUGGAAAUCACUUAUUUUUGGGAGAAUCGAAACAUAUUUCCGAGCAGCUUUUAUACGUGCAAGUCGCUAGUGAUUUUGAAACUCGAAGACGUGACUCUCAUGGAUGUUCCUCCCUCAAUGGUGUGUCUUCCUUCUCUGAAAACUUUGAAACUUGAAAGUGUGACAUACGUGAAUGACGAGUCUCUUCAACGGCUGUUAUCUAUAUGCCCUGUUCUUGAAGACCUAUCGGUGCGUCUUUGUCAUUCUUAUGAUGAUGACGACAACGAUAUGGAGGAGUUCAGUAUUAUCGUCCCGUCUUUGCAGAGGUUAUCACUCUCUAUAGAUGAUGAUUAUCAGGAUUUAGAUAGGUAUGUGAUAAAUACUCCUUGUUUGAAAUAUUUCAAACUUAAGGACCGGAAUGAUUCGGGACACGACUGUGAGAUUAAGAACAUGCCUAUACUGAAGGAAGCAUAUGUCGAUGUUGUAUCCGCUAGUCUCAAGAGUGUUGUUGGAUCAAUCACAUCCGUCAAGCGUCUUACAUUAUGUUCAGAGAAUCUUAAUGAGGAGAAUGAUGAUGAUGCUGAUUAUGGUGAUGGUUUUGUUUUCAAGGAGCUUGAACAUCUGAAUCUAUGUGUUAGCAAAAAGCAUUGGUCGAAUCUCCUUACCCAGUUGCUCAAUGAUGUUCCUAUCUUACGAGUACUAGACAUCUCUUACUUGGAUGAUCAUGGGUUGAGUAAGCAUAAUCAGUUGGUUCGCUGGAAGCAACCGAUUUCUGUUCCUGAAUGCUUGUUGUCGAGUCUACAAAUUUUCAAAUGGUCAGGAUACACUGGGAAACGACAGGAUAGAGAUAUUGCGGUUUACAUAUUGAAAAACGCUCGUUGCUUAAAGACGGCAACAAUCUUGGCUCAACCAAGUUUGGUUCCGAAACUUGACAUGAUAAAGGAGUUGAAAUUUUCUUCCCGAGCUUCAACCACUUGCGAGCUCCUGUUUGAUUGA